AUGACGAUUAAUUUCUUCAAGGGACACCCGACAAGGGAGUUGCUUCCAGCACAGGAGAUACAAGACUCCUACCGCAAGGUUCUAGUCGAGACCGACUAUUUAUCCUACGAUUCGGACGUGAAUAAUCAGCAUCCCUUGGCGUACGGCACCGACCCGGGCAAUCUGGACGUGCGUGCCACGAUUGCAUCGUGGGUCAACAAGAAAUACCACACAGAUACAACUCGUGCGGAUUUGAUCAACUUGACGGCCGGUGCCUCGUAUGGGAUGGCGAACUUGCUCACGUCCGUCACUUCGCCCGGUAUUACGCAGCGGGCAUUUGUCGUCACGCCCACGUAUUUCUUGAUAAAUAAUGCAUUCGUCGACGUGGGGCUCGGCGAUUGCAUGACGGCCAUCAAUGAGACUGCCGGAGAAGAAUACGAAAUCGACUUGGCCUAUUUGGAACAACAGUUGCUUAAAUACUCUGCAGGUUUAGAUGCAGUCAACAGCGAGACGGGGAUCAUCAAGACAGACCCCAGGGGAGAGCGCAAGUACUACCGGUUUGUGAUGUAUCUAGUGCCUACUUUUUCCAACCCCGGUGGAGUUACAUACUCGCUCAAGACAAGGUUAAAAUUGCUCGAGCUUGCUAGACAGUACGAUUUGUUGAUCAUGAGCGACGACGUUUACGAGUAUUUGGAUUAUUCCAACGUUGCAGCCGCGCCGAUUGCCAAGAUCAACCAGUUGGACCAAGAAACUGUGCUGAACAAAUACGGCAACUCGAUUUCCAAUGCAACUUUUUCCAAGAUCAUUGCCCCCGGGUUGAGAUGCGGCUGGCAAGAGUCGCCCACGCCGCACUUGGUGCACCAGUUGGGCGUUACCGGUGCUAAUAAAUCGGGAGGCACGCCCGCGCAAUUGGCAAGCUUGGUGGUGGCCGACAUGAUCAAGACUGGUACUUUGGACCGCAUAAUUCACGAUUUCAUCACCAAAUAUAAAGAGAGAGCCGAGGUGAUCCACCAGGCCAUCAAGGAGUAUUUACCAGCGGGGACCAAGGUCCAUGGGGGCGAUGGUGGCUACUUCCUUUGGAUUGAGUUGCCCCCGGAUGUGGACAAUCAAAAAGUCAUUGAUGCGUUGGCGGCCCAGGGGGUGGUUUUAGCUGGUGGACAGCAUUUUGAAGUUUACGGCGAUGAAAGAGGCUGGGGACGGCAUUGCGUGAGAGUUUGUAUUAGCUAUUUAACUUCGCUGGAGAUCAGACAAGGCAUCCAGCUUUGGGGUGAGACUAUUAGAAAAACAGACAAAGUUAGUAAGACCGCUGUUAAUGGACAUUAG